CCACCCUUUACUCUGUCAGCAUUCCCUUCUUCAGAGCCAUCCUUUACUCUGUCAGCAUUCCCUUCUUCAGAAACCCACGAAAAGUCCUAUAUCGCAUUAACAAACCAAUCUUCAGAAACAUCCUAUGACCUUAAGACAUCAUAUGAUAUAUCAACAUCACCUCCUACAGAAACACCUUACACAGUUUUUGAUUCACCUUCAAGACAGACACUAUUUUCUGUAUCAACACCGUCUUUAGAAACAUCCGAUACUGCAUCAGCAUUAACUUCUUGGGAAACAUCAUACUUUGUACAAAAAUCACCUUCUUCAGAACUAAACUAUAAUCUCUCAACAUUAACUUCCCCAGAAACACCCUACACUGUAUCAACAUUACCCUUUUCGGAAACACUUUACACUGCUUUGGCAUCACUGUCUUUAGUGGCACCAUAUUCUUUAUCAACAUCGGAUUUUUCAGGAACAUUCGAUUUUGUAUCAACAUCACCUUCCUCAGAAACAUUUUAUACUGCAUCAACAUCAUCUUCUUUGCAAACACCAUACACUGUACUGAAAUUACCUUCUUCGGAACCAUCCUUUACUUUAUCAGCAUUCUCUUCUUCAGAAACCCACAACGCUAUAUCCGUAUUGCCGUCUGUUGGCACAUCCCUAAUUUCAGACGCAACGUCAUUCUCAGAAAUUUCAUCUCUAUCUCUGGCAACUAUUAUUUUGAAUUCAGAAUAUAUUUCACCGAUUUCUCCUGUGGAGUCCUCGUCUUUUUCUCUAGCGACAUCAGCUUCACAUAAUAUAAUUGCUCUUACAGAAUCGUCUUUUUCAGAUAUUUCAUCUUUAGCCCCUGCUACGUUUGCUGCGAAUUCAGGCUCAAUUUCACCGACAUCUCCGUCGGAGGCGCCAUCUGCUUCUUUAGGGACCUCAGAUAAAAUAUCUGUUUUGGUUGCAUCGUCACUUUCGGAUAAUCCUGUAUUUGCCGAACCAACAUCUGACUUGGGCACCCAAUUAAUUUCAACAGCGUCUCCAUCAAAUAGAGUGCCAGAUGCAACAUCUAGUUUAGGGACUUUAGUAAUCUCCCCCCUGACACCAUCAGAAUUAUCUCCCAUUCCCUUCUUGUUUUCUUCCCAAGUUCCAUUUCUUUCUCAAAACCUAUUUAGCUCUAAUACACCACUCAUCUCAGAUUCUUCCACUAACCCAUUAACUAUCCCACAUUCUUCCACUUAUCCACUUCUUAUUUCAGAUUCUUCCUCUAAUUCUCUAAUAACUCCAGAUUCUUCCACUAAUCUACUGCUGAUCUCACAUUCUUCCACUAAUCCACUUCUUAUUUCAGAUUCUUCCUCUAAUCCCCUAAUAGCUCCAUAUUCUUCCACUAUUUAUAUCACAACAUCAUAUGCAGGGGAAUCAUCUUUUCCUAUCGAACCACCCACUUCGGAUGCUUUUCUUAGAUCCCUUGAACUAUCCACUUCAGAUGCUCUUCUUAGAUCCCUUGAACUAUCCACUUCAGAUGCUCUUCUUAGAUCCCUUGAACUAUCCACU